AUGGAGCACGUUUUCCUCCAAAGACUCCAACCAUACCUUGAGGCCCAGGGAUUUUUUCCUGACACAUUGUUUGGGUACCGGGCCCAUCUGUCCACGCAAGACAUACUUCUCCAAAUAAAAGAGGAAGUAAUGGACAGCCUCAGUUCUGCGCAAACUAAAGCUCUGCUUGCCCUGGACAUCCGUGGUGCAUUUGAUAAUGUGUCGCACGACCUAAUACUAGAGAAUCUCGCAUCGACCCGGUGUGGACGACGAGUUUAUGACUAUGUGAAGGCCUUUCUCACAGACAGGACGGCAACCAUAGGAUUAGGCUCGCUUCGCAGCGACGUCAUCAAGCUAGCGGGUAAAGGCACGCCACAAGGAUCGGUGCUGUCCCCGACACUCUUUAACAUCGCCAUGGCUAAAUUGCCGCCUCUACUGACCUCCAUUCCAAGUCUGCGACAUGCUUUAUACGCGGACGACGUCACUAUUUGGGUGACUAAAGGCUCAGACGGACAAAUACAAGACGCGCUCCAAGAAGCAGUAAAUGUGGUUCAGGAUUACGCUCGAGCUGGUGGUCUAACUUGUUCUGCAGAAAAGUCGGAACUACUGCUCAUUCGUCGUCCCCAGCGAAAUCCCGACAACAGCCCUCAAAUCACAGUCAUGUUAGAAGACCAUGUAGUUCCCUGCGUAAAGAAACUCCGCGUCCUUGGCCUCUGUAUUCAAGCUGAUCUCAAGGCGACAUACACCAUGAAAAUAUUAGAACAACAAGUUUCUCAAAUCACGCAUAUGAUCCGUCGCAUCACAAACCGAAGACAUGGACUUCAGGAGCAAGACAUUUUGCGCAUAGUCAACGCCUGCAUAGUAAACCGCAUCACCUACCACGUCCCUUAUCAGUCCCUAACGCUCGCACAAGAGAGAAGACUAGACGUUAUUCUCCGCAGAGCCGUCAAGGCAGCGCUUGGACUACCCACGUAUGCAUCCACCGAGCGUCUCCUAGCCAUGGGAGUGCACAACAACGUAAAGGAAUUAAUCGAAGCACAGCGUAACAGUCAGAUACGAAGACUCCGCAACACCCAAGUGGGAGAGCGGCUACUCAUCAGUAUAGGAUAUCCUCCGAACCAAUGCAGAUACAAUGUAGCAGAAAAACAGCUACCCAGUGACCUCCGAGCACGAAUUACAAUCGCUCCGCUGCCACGUAACAUGCACCCUGAGCGCAACGCUGGGCGUAGGCGGGCAAGGGUGAAAAAUCUCACACGCCUCAUCGAUCAGUCACCCCCAAACACUGUUUUAUACUCCGACGCCGCUAGACACCGCUUCCGCGAUUUCACAGUCGGAGCAGUGGUGAACAAUGACCACGACAUAGUAGCCUCAAUUAGCGUACCUAGCAAGAAAGUAUCUGAGGGCGAAGAGUGCGCCGUCGCUCUGGCGAUUGCCCAUGCUGCUGUAAACCUUCCUCAUGCAGAUGUUAUUCUAAUUAUUACGGAUUCACAGGACGCCUGUCGAGCCUUCACACGUGGUAUCGUCUCACAACACACACACCGCAUUUUGAACACUGCAUUCCACACACCACACAGGUUCCGACUUGUCUGGACCCCUGGGCACGCCUCUCUCCCCGGUCAUGACUGCGCACAUGCAGCUACCCGAGCGCUAACUAACCGGGAACCGGAGGAAGAGCUGUCCAACCCAGAUGAGCGGGACGCGAACACGGAACUUCUAGGAUAUCGAGACACUCUGGAUUACUAUAGGCGAGAACGCCUACGGUACCCUCCACCACACCAUACGCUGACCCGAGAAGAUGCGACCGCGAUGCGGCAACUGCAGGCCAACACUUUCCCCAACCUACACUUCCUCCACAUCCUCCAUCCAACUUCCUACCCUGACAAAUGCCCUGGCUGCGGUGCGGUACCGACGUUAUUUCACGUAACGCUGGAAUGUCAGCGUCCACCAGCCAGGCGCUCUCCCAUCUCCUCUCCUAUUCCAACCCUGCAAGACUGGGAGGCCAUGCUGCGUGACGGAAGCCCGAGCGGCCAGCGGGCGUUGGUCCGUCGGGCACGAGACGCGGCAGCGGCUGUUGGAGCUCUGGACUGA